UGGCAAACAGCUCGGUCGAAUUUCACGUGUAGCUUCCAGUUUGUUUAUUUUCAAUUUACCGCCGAAAUGAGCGCAACAAGUGAAAAAAAGGUUGUGAUAAAUAAACGCUUAAAAUGUCUGCCCCGAGAGGCGCUGGAAAAACUCAGCCAAACGGAGCUGAUUGAUAAGGUUGUCCAACUGGAGGCCUACAACUUUCAGUUGCGGAAUCUGCUGCAGAAAAAGUUAACCGAACAAGAUAAAAAUGAUGAGGAGUAUGCUGUAAUAUUCGGAAAAGAAACGCAGGAUAAGGUCUCCGAAGAAACAAAGAUGUCUAACAAGUUGAAGAAACAACGUAAGUUCGAUUGGAGCAAUGCCCACAGGCGUCAUGUUUUGCUGAAGAUUACCUACUUUGGUUGGGAUUAUCAAGGAUUCGCUUGCCAGGAGGACUCCAAUGAUACAAUCGAAUCAAAUUUGUUUCGAGCUCUGAGUCGCACUUGCCUCAUUGAAUCCCGUGCCACCUCCAAUUAUCAUCGCUGUGGGCGCACCGACAAGGAAGUGAGCGCCUUCUGCCAGGUGAUAUCUAUUGAUCUGCGCAGCAAGCACCCGCCCGAAUCUCAACUGAAUUCCGAUGCUCUGUUAUCCGAGAUCGACUAUUGUGGACUUCUGAAUCGAGUGCUGCCCAAGAAUAUCCAGUGUGUGGCCUGGAUGCCACUGCGAAGUCCUGUUUACAGCGCUCGGUUUGAUUGCGUUUCGCGUAGCUAUCGUUACUAUUUUCCCAAGGGCGACCUGGACAUUCCUGCUAUGCAGGAUGCCUGUAAUCUCCUAGUUCGUCAUGCAGAUUUUAGGAAUUUCUGCAAAAUGGACGUCCACAAUGGAGUGACCAACUACAUGAGAAACUUGCAAUCAGCGAGGGUGCAAGCUUGUGAGGAGAGGCAAUCAAAUACAGGCUACGACAUGUACUACUUAGAGAUCCAAGCCAAUGCUUUCCUCUGGCACCAGAUUCGUUGCAUAAUGGCAGUUUUACUACUUGUUGGUCAGAGGAAGGAGAAACCAAGCGUUAUCAGUAACCUGCUUGAUGUGGACUCCAAUCCCUGCAAGCCUCAGUAUACUCCUGCCAUUGGCUUGCCAUUAAAUCUAUUCCGUUGUGAUUUUCGGGACAAGACCACUAGAAGUGUAAAUCAUCCUACAGGCGAAGAUGCAAAUGAAGAUGCAAUGGAUACAGACACACAGGAAACCGAAAGCUCAGAUUCUCCUGAUCAUUUACAGGAACGCGAUCUCACGAACUGGAUUUACAAUGAGGAAAAUCUACAAAAACUAAUUGAAAACACACAAUGCGAGUGGACGCAAUUUAGUGUAAAAAGCACCAUGAUAAAAAAUGUGCUUGAACAACUUGAAAGCUUACUAGAGGAGAACUUUGAGCCCAAAGAGAAGGUGCUGGCCCAAGUAAUACUGCUGCAGGAUUCAGUCAAACCGCGUCAAUAUCAGACUCUUUUAGAACGCAAACGUUGUGAGAGUUUGGAAAAUCGGAUAGAACAUUUUGUAAAGAAGCAACGACUGAUUGUCAAGAAUGAAACGGAAACGGCGGAUUAGCUUUAAUAAACUUCCUUUAAAUCAAAACA